AUGUGUCGAAAUUUUCAUUUCACCGAUAGCGUUUUCAACACUCAAACACUUAACACCAAUUCAGCAAUGCGUCGCAGUAAACCCGGAGCAAAUGUAUCGCUUAGUAAGAACGUGAAAUCGCUGAAUUACUUCACAAGCUACUUGAGUUAUUCAUCGUUAGCCACAAAACACCUCAAGCAAGCGCUGCGAAUGCAGCACUCCAGAGAAGCAUGA